UUUUUGUCCCCUCUGUGCAGUGUCUGAGACAUUAGUUCUUUUCGUGUUCCACAUAUUAAGUGAUUUCUACAACAUGUCUCUGAAUAAUCUUCUGUUCCUGUUUUCCUGCAUUUUUGUUGCCGCAAAUGUUGAAGCUUUAGUAUUUGGAUCGAGACAUGCAUUAUAUUCACCUAGACAAGCUAUUCUAUCAUCAGCAAUGCAUGACGCCGAUACGGUCAAUAUCGGUUUCGGAGGCAGUGACAGAAGAAUGUCAAGUUUGUCUGCACUCUCAAAUCUUGGCCUAGGACUUGGUCGUCGAAGCAUUCGGCCACGACUCAGCUCAGGACAAAGAAGGGGAAACAACAUCGUUGUCCUUGGAACUGGCGACAUGGAUUAUCCUUCAUUAGAGUACGGAAGCAGUAUUGGUAGCCUCAGUGGCCUAGGAAGCAUUGGUGGCCUCGGUGGCUUAGGUAGCAUUGGUGGCAUCAGCAGGAUCGGAGGUCUCGGUGGAUACGGCGGUGAUUCUGAUCAUAUAACAGUUCCACGGGGCACAGAUUUACGAUUGGCUGCAAGAGCAGGCCUUUUUGAGGAUGCCGACAGCAUCAAUUUCUUAUAAACAGAAGAAAAACAUGCUGAAAUUCCACUAUUUGUAAGUUCACCACAUCUCACUGGAGGGAGGGACGCAUGCUAGGGGACGUCACUCCUGUCGCUGUUUGGCGUGUACAUCAUCAUACAAACAUUUGAACAUUGUUCAUGAACUGUUGUGUUGUAUGCGUCACUUGUAUAUAAUAAACAUUUCUAACCUAUAUUGACUUUGAGAAACGCCACAAUAUACGUAUAGCUAUUUGAUAUCGUAUUUAUACGGUUUCAAUAAAGCAAUUACGACGACACACAACAGAUUCGAACACAACUGAUAUGUACAUUUAUAUAGCACCUCAUGUAUGUUCUCACUUAAAAAAGACCUAUCUAUCGUUUUAUAUGAAUUCAUAAAUGAUUGAAUUUAGUAAUAGUUUUCGUCAUUAAAUAUUUUCGUAUGGUGAUUUUUGGCAACUCUCUAACAUUCGAAGAAAAGUUGGUGUUUCUUUUAUCUUCCUCAAUAAUCGAAGAUUUAUCGAUGUUUUUCGAUAAAUACUUAUAAGUGGGAGUAAAAAAAUAAAAGCAAGAUGUUUUUUGAUUUUUUUUUUUGUUAAUUUUGUCGAACCAAUAUCUAUUGCCAUGGUAUUUCAUCGGCUUAUUUGAUUGAUAAGUGCUAAUGUUGAGACAAGAAACAAAAUAUCUACACCUAAGACAGAAAAUGUGUGAUGCUGAUUUGCGAAUAUAGUACCAAACGCAAUCAGAUUAUAUCAUAUUAUGAUACACUACGCAUGUGAGAAAUAUGGUUUAAUACAUAGGGGUAAAAUGAUGUUUACAUAUUUCUUAAUCCGCAGGAUCAAUCUUUUGAGAGGGGAAGUUGUAGUUAGAAUACUUUGCGCCAAAUGUCAAAACAUUGAUUUAUAUAAUUUUUGACAAGAAUGUAUACGUUUUGUUUGCAAGAUGUCUCAAAAUUGGCUCUGAUAAUAUAUAUGUAUGCUUUACUGAAUUAUCAUAAUGUAAUUUAUGCAAAAAUAUGUCUCGGGGAUGACGUUCUAAUGAAAUGUCAAAUAAAUAAAAUAUUUUGUUCAGAAUAAGGAGACUUUGUAUAUUAAUUUAUUAAUCGUUGUGUAUAAAGGUACUAAUACAAUUUAUUAUAUUUUCUAAUAAACUUCC